AAGUAAAAUGAUCUAGAGAAAUAUUGUAGGUGUGUGUACCGGACGUAUUUUUCCUUACGAUAAGAGACAAACUUUGAUUCAGUGGGCGGAUAAAUAAUAACAAACACUGAUUUCCAACCCUGAACUGAUAUGGUUAUGAAAAGGUGCCAAAAGAACAAAAUGAACGCUUUUAUAUUUACUAUUUUCAUGACACUGGUGUGUGCGGAUAUUGCACUUGCUGAUUUUACAGUCGUCAACUCUGAAUGUGGUCCAAUAAAAGGACUAAAGACACAGAAUAAACAAACAGGAAAGGACGUAUAUGAAUUCCGUGGAAUUCCCUUUGGGAAACCCCCCAUUGGUCCAUUGAGAUUCACAAAACCACAACCGGUCGAUAAAUGGACAGACACAUUGGAUGCAACAGAAUUUGGAGCAGCAUGUUCACAGUCCGUCCCACCAAUGUUUCCAGAUUUUAAGCCGUCUAAAAUGUCAGAGGACUGUCUAUUCUUAAACGUGUAUGUCCCAAACCAUGUUGACAAAAACAGAAAAUUGCCAGUUAUGGUGUGGAUAUUUGGUGGUGGUUUAGUCAUGGGCUUUUCCAAUCAAUACGAUGGAGGAUGGAUUGCCACGCAAGGAGAUGUUAUAGUAGUGACUAUAAAUUAUAGAUUGGAUAUAUUUGGUUUCCUGACAGUUGACCACCCAGCUUCCAAGGGAAAUUACGGUCUAUGGGACCAAAAGCUUGCACUGCAAUGGGUACACGACAACAUUGCAUCUUUUGGAGGGGACCCUGAGUCUGUUACUAUAUUCGGACAAUCAGCGGGGGGUUGGAGUGUAUCAUUUCAAUCUUUGAUACCACAGAAUAAAGGGCUUUUCCAGAGAGUAAUAGCCCAAAGUGGUGUAGUCAAUGAGUUAAAUAUGCUAAAUAAGAAGCAAAUAAAUGAAAGGACCAUUCACCUUGCAAAGAAAACCUCAUGUCCGAUCAACGACAUGUAUAAAUUUACGGACUGCCUUCGUGACAUCGAUGUUAGUGAGCUUUUAAAGGCCACCGAUAUGUUUAGUUUAAUGCCCGAUGACAGACUUGAAGUUUUUCAACCGCAAUAUAUUCCAGUUGUAGAUGGUGAAUUAUAUCCAGAUCACCCCCUUCGAAGUUUAAAGGAUAAAAAGUCGGAUGUUGCCCAAUUUUACGGGUCUUUGGACCUAAUCACAGGUUUUACAUCAAACGAGGGUAUUAUGAUGGCAAUGGGAAUACUCCCAAAACUUCAAGAAAACUUUGGUUUUAAUGUUUCUGAAAGUGUCCCACUCAAAUUUAUUUGUGAAGGAAUGAUUUCUCCUUUUGUAGAAAAAUUUUACAAGAACGAUUCUGAUGUUAAAGAUAAGAUGUGUAAAUUUUACACAUCGGAGACGACUUCUACUGAUGAACAGAGUAUGAAAGCAAGUGAAUUUAUUGCCGAUUCCUGUUUUGGAUAUAACAUCAAAAGAAUGCUUGAUUAUCAUGUAUCCUCUGGAGGCAAGACAUACCAGUAUCUCUUUUCGAAAGCAAAACCCCUAAUGGGUUUUGCACCGAAAUGGGGUAAGGGAUCUGGCCAUGGAGAAGAAAUACAGUUCAUGUUUGAUAUGAAAGUAUUAAUGCCGUCUAUGAAUUUUACUGCAUUUACUACAGAAGAACAACAAAUCGCUGAUGCGAUAAUUGGAUAUUGGACAUCAUUCGCCAGAAAAGGUGUUCCUGAGGGACCAAUCGAAUGGAAACCGUUUGAUACAACGUCGAAGUAUUACUUGGACAUUGAUACAAUCACUACACUGAAGAAGAAUCUAAGACCAGAAAUAAUGAAUUUUUGGUUGAAAGACAUACCAUCAAUAGAAUUAGAUCCAGUUGAUAAUAUAAAUGUACACGACGAAUUAUAAUGUAUUUCCUUUUUUUUUUUCUAUCUAUGUAACAUUUGCGUCCAUGAAUGUAUUUUUCUUAACAUUAUUACAAAAACAUAAUCUAAUGUCAAAUGCUUCAUCUUACUUAGUUUGGACGAACAAAAUGAUAUACUGCAAACUUUAUAAGAAAAAAAUUAAAUCAUUAGAUAUUCUCGAAUAACUGAAUACUGCCCAGUUUUCAAACAAUAUAACUCAAAAGUUCUUUGAGCAGUUUUCAUGAAUUUUUGGUGACUGGUUUAUAUCUACAAAAAUAACCUCCCUUGAGUUUGUUUUUAUAUACAAAUUUCUGGUAUGACAUCAGGGAGUUAUGGAACUUUAUUCUUUGAAAAAGCGACGGGCAUAGCAUGCGCUCAUGGCACAGCUCUUUAUUAAUAGUGUAUUGUUUUCUCGUCAUAACACUAGCUUUUUUUUAAAUCUGCAUUUUUAAGAUCUUCUUGUAAAAUCUGUCGUUAUGUG